GCGCCCUCUGCUCUGCGCUGGGACCAUGGAACUUCCCCUGCUGUGCGCACUGCUGGUGUUUGCUGGUGUGGUGCCAACCCAGGGCGGGAUCUUGAACCUGAACAAGAUGAUCAAACAAGUAACCGGGAAGACACCCAUCUUCUCCUAUUGGCCCUAUGGCUGUCACUGCGGACUUGGGGGCAAAGGCCAACCCAAAGAUGCCACGGACUGGUGCUGUCAGAAGCAUGACUGCUGCUAUGCUCACCUGAGGCAGCACCGAUGCCGUGUCCACACAGACCAUUAUGACUACAACUUUUCCCACGGGGACAUCCAGUGCUCCAACAAGAUGAACUGGUGCGAGCAGCAGCUGUGCACGUGUGACAAGGCGGUGGCCCUCUGCUUGAAGCAGAACCUGGAUACCUACCAGAGGCACCUGUUUUACUACUGGCGGCCCCGCUGCAAAGGCCAGACCCCUAUGUGCUAGGAGGAGCCCAGUCGGCUGCCCCACGCUCCCUCCCCUGUUCCUCAGCAUCUCCGGCUCUGCAACUCCACCCCUGCCCCAGCAUCUGACCCCCUGAACCGUCCUGGGAGGGUCUCAACCACUCCCCACCCUCCUUCUUGCUCUUGGACCUUUCAAAUCUUUCCAACCAAGGCAGCAGCUCUCUUCUGAGCGUUGAUUGAGAUCUGAGAGGAAGCCAAGGCCAGGGAGCCCCUAGGGAUGGUGUUUGGGCUGAAGCCACAGGUGUUGGGAGACUUGGGGACCAUGGUGUGGCAGGUCCUCCCUGCCACUGCCACUCGCCAGGCCUCUUGCCCUAGUCUCACGCUGUCUGACACACUGUCCAAGCUGCGGCCGGGGUGGCCUCUCUGAAGGGCAGCAUUGAUCUUCCUGUCCACGUGGCUCUACUUCUUAAAACCCAAAGCCCCCCACCGCCCCAGGGUAGGACCUCUCAUGGAGUUUGGGACUCGCACUGUUCGGCACUAUGUCAUGCUCCCAAACUAGGCCUGGCGGUCCUUGCGGGCAGGACGCAUGACCGUCCUGGACUCAGCUGCAUCUUUGCACCCGAAGCCGUGCCCAGGACCAAGAAGAGACCCCAUGACUCCCUUUCGAGCUAAGGGCCAGAUGAAGCUGCCGGUCCUCUUGCUCCAGGCUCAGGCCCACCCGCACAUGCAGUGUAUCCUCUCCCGCUUCCAGGAGCUUUCUCAGGCUGGGACCUCUGCAGAGUGCUCCGCUGGCCGUACCCAGGUGGCCGAGCCCCACUGAGGCUCCUCAGGGUCCAAGGGCCACUAGCAACAGAAGCCUCCCUGGCUGACUCCUCCUUGUCUCCAAAGGCUUUUUUCCUCCUCCAAACCCGCAUAGCACUUUGCGGGUCUGUAAUCUACCAGAUUUGAUCUUGAGUGGGAUAUAUCUGGCCUUUUCUGAUCCCCUCCAACCGUUCUAGAGCUCCUGGAGGGCAGAGGCUUUGUCUCUCAUCUUUGUUUCCUCUGCUUCCCAAAAUAACAGGUGCUUGAUCAAUGCUUAUGGACAAAUGAACCCAUAAUGGAUGAAUAGAGGUUGUGGCAGAUGCCGCUGAUGCCCCACCCAGGUCCCCACCUGCCCUGUC